CCCCGCCCGGGAAUUAGGAGGCAAACCUCCCCGUCCGACCUCCAGACGGCAACCUUUCCCUUCCUCCAAGGCAGGCAGGAGGCAGCCGCUGGGUUAAGGCGGGGGAGCAUCCUUUCAGACCGACCAAAACGGCUCCAUCCCCACCUGGGACUUCGAGGGGGGAAAAGUGUGCGUGUCUGUGUGAGAAAAAUAGAAUAAGCUCCAAGCCCCACCUUCGAACAUCUCCCUCUGUUUCUCUUUCAAAUUACUCCAAUUCUCCCCAGAGGUCUGGAAAGGUGGGAGCCCCGAAGUGAUCUGCUGUAGUGCGCAAACCUCCCUUCGCCUGUAGCUGCUCUCCUCGCGUCUACGAAAGAGGGGUGGGGCGGGGGCGCUGUGCCUGGCCGAAGAGACGUGCACCUGGAGGUUUGUUGUGGAAAACCUGGUUACCUGGUCAGUGGAUGCUGCCGCUGCCCUAGGAACUUUGCUCGCGGGCCAUAAAGAAAAAGCGGGGUCUGACUUGGCGCGCCACAGCACGGGGACGCCCGUCAGAGAUACCCCCGUCACACCAGUCACAGAAGACCUAGGAAUUGGACGCGCCGCUUCCUCAAGGGGCUUCGCGAAACUCCGGGAAAGCGUGUGCCCCUUCGUCACCGGCCAGCUCCCGAGCCGGAGCAAGGCAUCCGAAGAGGGCCGCGGCGCAAGGCAGCGAAACUGCGUGUUAGGGGAAAUCACCCAAACAUCAUCUGAUCUUCACAAGAGUUGGCAUAAUGCACUAUGGAUAAGUCACUGACUGCUGACCGAUGUCUUCAACAUCUGGGGAUUUUUACUGCGUAUCUUUAGGAGAAGAGUCCUUUGGCAAUGAAUGUCAGGGCAUGCAGUAUGAGCCACCGGACAACAUGCACUCCUCACAGGCCGGGGAUGGUAAAUGCGCAGCAGAUUCCAUCUAUUAAACUGCAUAUAGAAACUCCUUCUGCUUCUCCUAAUAGUAGCACCCCGGGCCCUGCUAUUGGAAACCUACCUACUGCCUCCCAUUUAAAGGCCUCACCUAGAGGAGGGGUAGCUCCUCAGAGCAAUGCGAUUGCCUGUAAUAUUCACUUUCCUGCUUUAAGUCCCAGAAGACAAACAGUGACCAACGGAAAGCCUUUAUUCCACAUCCCACAACCUCCAGGGGUAACAGCUCCACAGUUUUUGAAGCCAAAGGAGCAAGAAUUUGGAAAUAAAUUCACUACCAGCACAGUGAAAGGAGCUUUUGUCUACGGACCUCAGUGCAAGUCCAUUGGAAAAAACAGCUGCAACAAUUUGAUAAUCACCAGCAGUCCAAUGGUAGUUCAGAGACUGGGACCUCUAUCUCCUGCUCAGCAGGUCUCAACAGCAUGCAGCCAAAUCAGCCCUAGUUUACAGAGGGCUAUGAAUAUGACAAAUCCAGAUAUACCAUCUGAAACAAGAUCCCUUAUAUCACGUGAAUCUUUGGCAUCCACAACCUUGAGCCUGUCAGAAAGCCAGUCAAUACAGAGUGUCAAACAAGAGUGGUUUCAUGGUUAUAGAAUUUACCCUUCUCUUCCAUCCAAUCAGUGUUCACAAAAUAGCAAUGAAUUAGGUGAUGUCACAAAUGCUACAUCUGGGAUAUCCAUGUCCAACAACUUUUCCACUUCACUGCCAUCUUACUUGUUCAGUAUGGAAAACCCCCACCCUCCUUAUUCUAGUCCUCACCAUUCCUCAGCCAGAUCUCAUUCAGCAAAAAAAAGGGCACUGUCCCUCUCCCCUUUGUCUGAUGGAAUUGGGAUUGACUUCAAUACAAUCAUCCGUACAUCCCCUACUUCUCUAGUUGCAUAUAUAAAUGGUUCAAGAACAUCUCCAUGCAACAUCUCUCCUCAACCUGAAGUUUAUGGGCAUUUCUUAGGAAUAAAGGGAAGUUGUAUUCCCCAAACUUGCUCUAUACCAAAUCCUCAAAAAAGGCUUCUUAUGGCUAAUUACAAUGCUACCCCUCCAGACUACAGUGAAAGUGGAAACAGUGAAUAUCAGCGCAUGCAACAUUUGGAACAAAACAAUCUACAGCCAUUGGUCACAAAUAAUAUGAUGGUUCAACAAAGUACAUGUCUAGCAGAGAGCCAACCUAUGGGCAUUGUGAAGGGUGGACAUGGGGAUGUUUUUUCUGGAAACACAAAUGGCAUACUCUCUGCAUCUCCACUGGCUCCCCCCGGUCUUCCUCCUCCACAUGGUCCACCCCCACCCUAUCAUGCACAUCAGCAUGCACUCAUAAAUCAUUCUCGUCCACUUUCCUUGCCUCCAUCUAUCCAGAACUGUUUUUUAGAUGAAGACAGUGAACUCGAUGAUUUCAGUGGCAAGCACUACUGUCGUUGGAUAGACUGCAGGGCUACCUAUGAUCAGCAAGAAGAACUUGUGCGGCAUAUAGAAAAAAUGCACAUAGACCAGAGGAAAGGGGAAGAUUUCACUUGUUUCUGGGCUGGGUGCCCUCGAAGAUACAAACCAUUUAAUGCCCGUUACAAAUUGCUUAUCCACAUGAGAGUGCAUUCAGGGGAGAAGCCAAACAAAUGCACGUUUGAAGGCUGCAAGAAGGCCUUUUCUAGACUAGAAAACCUGAAGAUUCACUUAAGGAGCCACACUGGAGAAAAGCCUUACCUUUGCCAGCAUCAAGGCUGUCAUAAAGCAUUCAGUAAUUCCAGUGACCGAGCCAAGCACCAGAGGACGCACCUGGACACUAAACCUUAUGCUUGUCAGAUUCCUGGAUGCACCAAACGAUACACAGAUCCAAGUUCUCUAAGAAAGCAUGUAAAGGCCCAUUCUUCUAAAGAUCUGCAAGCCAGAAAAAAGUUGCGGGCCACUACAGAACUUGACCAAGACAUUCUCAAUGACUGCCUGACUAUCCAGCCUAUUCAAGUCCCUUCAUCUCCCCAUGAUGUUUCGGUCAGCUCUGUCCAACAAUCGCCAGGUCAUGUCCAUGAUAUUUACCCAGGUACCAUCUUCUCCAGCACUCAUUCAAAUCAAAGUGGAACUGCUGUGGGCAAUGAACCCCACUCACAUGCUCUGAGCCACACUUCACCAAGGCCCAAUGUUCAUGACAGCCCUCACCACCCAUCAACAGGGGAUCCAGGAACAGAGAGAUUUUCAGCCUCUGUUCCUUUUUUUCCUCACUGUAUAAGCCCUGGAAGAAUUCUUCCUCCCCCUCCUUUAAUGCAGAAAAGAACAUCACAGCCUUCAACAACCCAGCAACUUGGAGAAGUGCAUUCGAAGACGAAUGACUCAUUAAGCAAUCCUUCUUUCCAGCCAAACAGCAUCCAAAUCCAAGGUGUUUAUGGGCAACUACAAACUUUCUGCUCCCCUCAUUAUUCUGACAAUCAGAGAAAUAUACAACACAUUGGAACUUGUAAUAUGGUCCCUCCUUUUGAAGACUGUCUUGUACCCACAUCUAUGGGUCAGGCAGGUUUUGAUGUUUUCCAUAAAGCAUUUUCAGCACAUUCUGGUAUUACAGUUUAUGAUUUUCCAUCAGCCUUUGGUGAUUCAUUGCGUAAUGGAAUUGAGGACUCAAGUUUCCUCCAUAUAAACGCUGUGGAUCGUUGCCCUAGUCAGCUCUCUUCAGUUUACACAGAAGGCUGAGGAAGGGCAGACCACAACCUUGUGUAUCAUUCCAACCAUUCAGUUUACUAUAGAUCAUCUUCUCUUGGUCAGCCCAGCUCUGAAACUACUUGCUCAAGAAAUAAAGAAAACAUCACCAGAAAGAACCACAGCUGCAGCUAAUAUAAGGUGUUGCAAGAUGUUCAUUAAAAUGUAUUUGCCAAAUGUGAGCUAUUGCUCUUUAAUUUGGCCUUUUCUGUUGCAAAACCACUUCUAAAAGAGAAUGAAUUACUGUACUGCUUAGUAUAUUUUGAAAUGAAUUGUUGGAAUUUUAAGUUUUUAAAACUCUCUUGUAGGAAUUGUAAAAAUUGUCAACAACAAUAAACCUCUCACAAAAGCAGAUUUCUAGAAUAAAAAGUCUGUCUUGCAGUGCUUUGAAAUCUAAGCACAGAAUCUCACAGGAUGGAGAGUGAAAAGGGAAAAUAUUUUUUGUGAUAUCCUGUGACUUCAGCUGCUGGUGAUAAUAGUACAAUUUGAGCUUCUUUUCUGUAUCCAGUAUUAACUGUUAGCUUAAAGAGAUAUGUUGGUGAUGUCUUAGCAGCACUCACUUGAAGAGAAUUUAUUCUACUGGAUAUUCAAUCAUGCUUUAUAAUUUAAUUAAUGUUUAUAUUUCAUUUGUAGAACUCUGUAGAAAGUUUUAAAACCAGAUAUACAAAUACAGACUUAGAAUAGGUAUUCUCCAUUAAUGCUAGCAAGUUAUUAAUGCCAUUUCCAAUAACUUUCACAAUGUUUGAUGCUCAUAUGAGGAAGAUGAGAGUACCUCCCAUACAGUACCAGAAAACGGCUUCAGCAUUUCCAGCUACACCCCCACCCCUACAUGUGUUGGGGACAAAUUGCCCAUAAAGCAGGAGACCUCCCAGCAUCAUGUUCUUAAAGGCCAGGUGCAGAUGGGUAGGCAGUGAUCUGAAUCAGUGCUGUGUUGCUCCCCCUUUCUAUCACUCCUCCCACUGAAACUGAGUUUCUCUUUCCAACUCGCCAUCCUAAUUGUAAUAGCCACAUGGAAGACAAAAUAAAGGAGCAGAGUUUGGGGGGAACUGAGGAUUUCCACGGAAGCAGAGGAAAAGAAUUAAAUUAUCUUUCCCAGCUUUGACGUUCUGAUCUAAAACAUAUCAAUCUAGCAUGCAAUUUCAGAUCUUUGACAUCACACAUAAUUACAUCCAGAAAUUUUGUACUUCUAUGAGACAUCUUUUGUAAUUUGUUCAUAUAUUUUAUGGAUAAUUCUAGAAAAGUUUCUUUUUCCCACAUUAAUACUGCACAUACCUUAAUGGUAUGCUAAUAUAUAAAUGAUGUUUUUUCUAUUUUCUGUCCUCUUUUUGCUGAAAACAAUUGGCACAUCAGGUAUUGACUCCAUUGCAAAGGCUUUUUUGUUGUUUUUUGUAUGGUUAUAAAUAUGUUUGGGAAGUGAAAAAUGGAUUUGCCUUUCAAGAUGUGGUCUUUGUCGUGGAUACAGAGUUAUAUAAUUCAAACAGCAGCCUUAUUUAUCCAGUGUUUACUUGUGGCUGGUUUAGUCAUAUUGUGGCCAAAUCAUUUGAGGAAUUUCUCAGUGUGUAUGCUCCUUGGUAAUAACCCAUUAUCCUUAAAGGGAAAAAAACAUGAAUAUAUCAGCCAAAGGAAUUAUUGUACAUAAACUAUAGUGAGAAUAAGUAGCAAGUUUCUAAAAUCAUAAAGCAAGCUUCCAAAAUCUGGAUACUGAAUAUUUAAAUGUAUUAAGGCUGUUUGUGAAUUUAUGGGUGUAGUGUAGCCACAUUUUAAAAUAUUCACUACUAAUAUAAAAGUGAAGCACAUUUACCCCAUUCCUGCAAGAGAAAUCUGUGUGGGGAUCCCCUUGCUGAAUCGGAUCCUGAUUGCACUUUAUCGCCAUCCUCUGCAGGUUAAAAAGAUUCUGUAUCCAGUGGUGAAGAGGCUGGAACAUUUCUAUGAAGGCAUGAAUUGAACAGUGCCCAAGCCUUCUAUUUGGAGGGUGGAGCCAAGGCUCUCCUCUCCUCACUCCUACAUAAUCAGAUCUAUCCAAGCUGGGCAUAUCAGCCAUUUGUUUAAUGAGAAAGUAUCCAUAGAUACUUGCAGCAGCUCACAUAUGGCUGGAUUGAAAAUGUCCUAAAUGAGCAUACAAAUAAAAUUUUACAGCAUAGGUGACUCUUUAGAUUUAGGCUUUACAGUUUAAAAAUGAAGGUGACAUUCUCAGAUUUUAUUAUGUCUUGGUUUUAAUUUUUGGAAAAUGCUCUAUAGUCCCCAAAUUCUAUUCUUGGUAGGUUAACAACAAUAGUUGCACCUGUUAAGAAAAGCCAGGAGCUUUUUGCUUUUAUUGAAGAGAAAUACUUUUACUUGCAUUAAAUGCCACUGAAAACAGGACUCCCUUUCUUUAAGAACUCUUUUUUUUUUUCUGAAAAAUGGAGCGCAGGGGAAUUUACAUGGAAGUGCAUGUAUCAGUCAGAGAGCCUUUUUCCCCCAUCUCUAGCCACCCUUCUCCCUGGCUCAACCCUUUUUCCUUGGCACUGAAAACAACAAACCCAUCCAGUCAAAAAAGAUCCAGUCCCCUCCUGCCUCCAAGCAAUCCUGUCCCAUCCAGGGACCCUCCUGGAGGACCACCCACCAACCAUAAUUAAAGGGUUGUUCACAUACCUCAGAAUUCAAGUAUAUAGGAAAUCGUAUUUGUCGCCACACAAGGCAACUGAAGCCUUGCUAAUUUUGAUAGAAUUUUACUAAGUUUCUUGUGAUUCAUUAGAACCAAUUAUUGCAAACAGUCUUCUGGCAAAAAGUUAAGCGUGCUAUGGAAACCACCAUGCUUACAAAGAGCAUUGAAAACCCUGUGCCUUCCAUGCAUAAAACUAACAUGUGUACUUACUCCACAUUUCAGCAGCAGUAUAACAAAAUACAUAUGAAAACCAAAUCUGUUAACAGCUAAAAUGAGUGAGUCUUAAUGAUAAUUAGAUCUCUCCUAUUUGGUGAACUGCACCAAACAAAACUGGGUCAUGUUAUAAUACCAAUAUUUUGCAGAGUUUACAUCGUUCACUUUACUGAGAAAUAGGCUGUCAUGUUGCACAACCAACCAACUCCCAUUACACCUUCAUAGGUUUCUUUGAUCUGUAUAGCAAUGAGAAUUUCCACACACAGUCCAGAGGAGCCAGCUUUGUGCAUAGUCAUGCAUAGCUAAACAAUGACCAGAUACAAAGGAAAACACUGUAGGAUUGAAUUGCCAUUGUUACAUCCUUUCUGCUACUCUCUAAACUCUUGCAAGAAAUUAACGAUUCUUUGGAAGCUUGAGAAUAAACCAACUUUCUUUCCCAGACUGGCUGGGUUAGAUCAGGUAAUGGGACUGCCCAUUUGUUCCUCAAAAGUAUUUACAUCCACAGUAGGGAGAACUAUACACUGGAGAUAAUUUAAAUGUUGCAAUUUUAGUACUGUCAUAUACCAUUAUUUCAUGACUUUAAAAAAAUCUAAUUGUGUUUAUUGCCCAUGUUUUGACUGUGCCAUUUCAUAGCAUCUUGCUUUCUUUUAAUUUGCAAAACCAGCACUUUUUAUGUGUAUUUAAAAAAAAACAGAUAAAAUCAAAGAGAUGAGUUUUAAAGUUAACAGAACACAUUUUUGUACACAAAGUAGAGUGUCUUGUGUAAUGUUGAUGCAAAGCACUUUGGGAAGAGAAGAAGGCGUAUGGAAAUGUGUUUUCUAUCAAUCUUAGAAUUUUUGUACAUAUUUUUAUAAGCUCCUUUAUAGAGAGUUGAAUUCCUUAUAGCAUGUUGUAUAUCUGGCUGAUUUUGCUAUAGUUGGCAUCUCCUUGUUGUAUAUCAUAUGCCCUAAAAAAGAAUUAGUAUGACUUUUUCUAUUAAUAUGUAUGUUUUGUGAUUGGUUACAAUUAAUUUUCAUAUAAUUGUAAGUUAUUUUUUGCCUUGUUUCAUGAAGUCUUUUUUUUAAUAUGAAAGGUGAAAUGAAGGGUUUGUGCACAUAAUAAACACAAUAAAAUGAAACUGAAAAUCUGUAACACA